AAAGUCAUAGCAUAGUCUCAGAGAAGAAAUUCAAGAGAUUAGUGGAUUCAUGUGCACGAUGCUGAAAAAAGUAAAGAACAUGCCGAACUCAGCCCAUCAGACCUUUACUUUGUGUGUGGUGGUUUUACCCAACAAGACGCAACUCCACAUUGCUGUUGGGUUAAAGUGUAGAGGACAAGAGGUAAUCAGCCAACUCUCUCAACUACUUGGUAUUACAAAUCUGUCAGAUCUGCAUCUUUUUGGCCUGAGUUUGGAAAAGGAGAAGGACCAUCUAUUCCUCGACCUGGAGAAGAAACUAACCACAUACUUCACUAAAACAUGGAAGAAGACAACAUUGCCGGGCAGGGUGGUUCUUUAUCUAAGAGUUCAGUACUACAUAAGAAAUGGUCGGCAAAUCAUAGAUGGGAAGGUCCGCAGUCUGUACUGCGCUGAUCUGAAAAACAGAGUUUUGAGCUCCCAGUGUUACGGGCAGGAAGGUCUGUACUUCCAGCUGGCUGCCUACGCCUUACAGGCAGACUUGGGUGACUGGAAAGAGGGCAUGAAACCUUACUUCACUGCUCAGGACUAUUUUCCUCCUUGGAUUUUGGCAAGGCGUGGAUGUGACUUUGUGGUGCAGCACACUCCAGACCUGCACAGAGAGCUGAGGGGAAUGUCUACACAUGAUGCUUCUCUGCUCUUUAUCGAGGAGGCCUGUAGCCUGAGCGAUGUGCCUCUCACAUUCUACAGCAUGAGCAAGGGUAAAAAGGAAAACAGAGCCAGUUUGCUGCUGGGCCUGGCUUUGACAGGAGUGCACAUAUAUGACAUAGAGACAGCCAUUGGAGAAUAUCACCUUUUGUAUGAAUUUGCCUGGUCGAGCAUAGAUUGUCUUAAAUUUCAGGGCCGAAGGUUUGAGAUAAAGGUUGAUUCUCUGGCUGGGGAAGUUCUGGUGAUGUAUACGCAGUCAGUGAUGCACUCCCAACAACUGCUGAAGCACAUGAGCAACAGCCAUCGUGUGCACCUAAACACAAAACACUCAUUCAAGCAGCUGCAGACACGAGAGAGAAGGCAGCAAAGGGAGGUGUAUAUCAGGGACAGUACUGAUCCAGAAUCAGAGGAGAGUGAGGAUGAGCUUCCACCCAUCAAGUCUUACCUGGACAAGGCCCGGCAACGCCAUGCUGACACCAUGGCGACUAUCACAUUAGCAGAUGCCAGAGAUACAGCUUGGGGAAGUUCUAGAAAAGGACAAAAGAAAACAGGAAAGCAUGUCGGUAAUGUACCUUUUUGGCCACCUAUUAAUCUGACAGAUUUAGCUGGCUUAGACCAGAUUGAGCUAUCUGUUGAUGAGCCAGAGGAGAUGUUUGUUGAUGACCCUGAAGAGAUCACACAGUUGACUGAACUCCUGGAGGGUGUGUCUGUAGAUGAGCCUCCAUUAGUGACUGUGUCUCACUGGAUAGAUAUUUCAAUGGAGAUGAAGCAGGUUUUAAAGUGGAGAGCUUGCAGCCUAUCUUUGGACCAGUGCAGGGAGAGUGUACAGAACCUUAAGGUCUCACACAUGGCCAACUCUCCUGAAGAACAUGUCGACACCCUACUGACAUAUAAGCAUGGACAAGAAGACAUUAUAUUUUAAUUAUCUAACAUAAAAGUGGUUAAAUUUGUAUGUAACAGACAGAUGCACAAGGCCUACAUGUACAAAUACUUGCAUUUCCUGGUUUUGUCACCCCCCUUGCUUUCUCUUUCUCUUCUUUUUCACAUCUCCACAAAAUAUUCAAGAAACCCUCUACCAUGUCAUUUAUACACUCACCAUUGUCUAUCUUGCCAUUUUCACUGGAAUAAAUAUGUAAAUGCAUUGUCACUAGGCCAGAUUGGCUGAACAGGUCUUGGAGGUGAGCAUCUGAUAUUGAUAAAACUUAUCAGUGGCUUGCUCAAUUGGGAUAAAUUCGCACCUUUAAUAUCUGUAUACCGUGUUGAUAUUUCUGUAAAGCUGC